AUGAGACUUGAGCAGAAACUAAAGGUUACUGAGGAAUCUUAUUUAGUGGUUGAAAGCAGGUUUGCUGAUUUGAAUGGUAAUGUCCCACUGGCAAUCAGCCAAUCAUGGGGGGAAGAAGCAGCAGUGGCAUUGGACAACCAGCUGUCAAGGCCACGGGCCAUGGAUAUAUAUGAGGUCAGGCUGCAGAAAGCUCCCUCUGCAAAGGCAAUCAAGAUAGAUUUACUGGCCUUCCCUCAGCCAGGGCAUUCACAGGGUAUGGUGACCUGGAUUGUGAAGGCAUUGAAGAUAGAGGAAGCACAAAUCCAGCUUGCAGUGGCAUGCUGGCACAUCACCUCAAGAGCAACAGAAGCUCAAAAUCUCACCACUGCACAUCACUGUGAUCAUCUCCAGUCCCAUAUACAUGGCAUUUUCAACACUGCCAAAAAACUAUUUGGGGACAGAUUCAAGGAUUCCAAGCUGUACCAGUCAUCUAACCCACAUGAUCCAGAAACCAUUGCAUUGCUGCUGCUGUCCAAUGUUGGCAAAGAUCAUUUUGAACAAUCUGGCCUGGGGUAUGUGACACUAAUGGAGCUGCAACUGUGGCAAGGACAGGCCAAUGAUUGUCUUCAUGAACUGCAGCUUGUGCUUGCAGAGAAGGUGGUCAUCUUUUGA